AUGGCGGCGCGAUCCAUCAUCGAUCCAUCGCCGUCCUUGGCGAGUCUCUUACCUCCAUCGCGGCCAAGUUCAAGGUCAAGGUCAAGCUCACGGGCUUGGAAGCCAAAACCGACCAGUAUACGCCCCAACAAUGAAUCUCAAUUCCAAAUUCAGACGACUUCGCGAGCAGGCCCACAAAGCACCACUUCCCUCGCAUCCAACGGAUCCAGGAACACCACCACGACAACCCACUACAGCGGCGGCACCGUUCUCCGCCGCUACAACAUCACCGCCAGCACCACGACAACAACCAAUGGCGAAUCAGGGUUGAGAGCGAAGAGGUUAGCAUUAUUAAGGAGAAGCAGCAACUUCAGUAGCAGGGAGUGGAGACAUGAUCCCAAGCGGAACAAGAAGGCCCAGGAGGCGGCGAGGAGGAUCAUUGAGGGAUGUCAUCCACGGGAGAAGAAAGGGGGAAUGAGGGAUAGGGUUAAGCGGUGGGGGAGAGAGUUGGGGAAUAUGAAGGGGUUGAGCGGUUUGAAGGAUGGGGGUGCUGCUGCUGCUGCUGCUGCUGCUGCAGAACGGAAAAAAGAAGAAGGGGACAGGAAGGGAAAAGCAAGGUGGAGUUGGAGGCGGGGUUGGAAGGGAAAUUACGAACUUGGGAAAUCCGGAGGGCAUAAGAACAAGGAUAAACCGGCGGCGGCAGCGGCAGCAGCAGCGGAGCAAACUCGGUGGCAGCUUGCCCUUGGAUCUGGGGAUGAGAUCACAAGUAUACCAGCACCUUCACCGGUACCAAAGCCGCCGCGAAAUUCGGUGGUCAUGGAGCAGUUGUACAUGGCUGAGGGGAUUGAUGUUGGUUCGACCAAAACAAGUUCCGGCUCUAGGAGAAACCGCCUGGGGCAGGCUGAGGAGAAGGAUACGACCAACCGGAAGUAUGCAAAUAAUGCAGGCCAAGGGAGGGAAGUGCAUGAGCAUGAGAAGAUGCAAAGCAAGCAGAAGCACCAGACCUCCGGGCUUUGGAAGCGGGGCAUGGAGAAGGUGAAAAAGCUACUGGUUUUGUCGACCGAGAAAAGCAAGGCACAAACGACAACAACUGUGGACCGGAACAACAAGGCCGAUAAGUCCGACAAUGAAUCCAUGGUGGCGCCCCCGACGACUUGGUACAUCGACGAUGACGAAGUGAGUCAUUUCGAGGAAGGAAAACGACCCAAGUCUGCCGAGGAAAAGGGAAAAGGAAUUGAUUACAGUCUGUACCACGAGGAUUCCGUCUUCAAGAUUCAAACACGUGGUUUCCCGCCUCCUCGUCCAUCUUCGGGCCCGAAGGAACGGUGCAAAUGUUACAACUGUACCAAGGCACUCCUUUUGCGAGAAAUGGCGCCAUCUGGGAACCAAGAAAACGGUUCAUUAAUGCAGACAUAUCAAGGACGGGUUCCAUCUUACCAAACGACCACCUCCACGCGCUCUUCAUGGUCCAUUUCUAGCAACCAAACGCCACCCGAAGACCAAUUCCCACCUCGACCCGCACUACGAUCCUCCCCAACGUACCUAGGCUCAUUACUCCCGCCAUACCAAGCUACAUGGGCGCUCCCACCGCUGCAGAUUUCAGGAGACUUUAGCAAGGCACCAGAGUUCACUGCCUUUACUCACACACCCACAGGCCGUCUUUCAGGGACAUUUCAGGAGUCUGCGAUACCGACGAGGGCAUGGACGGAGACAUGGACGAAGAGACCGACGAAGAUAUCUCAGAAACUGGCUGGACCGCAAAGAACAAAUCGGUCGCAGAGAUUGCUGAAACACCAGAAUCACCCAUACAGUCACCGUCAAGUCCUAAAAAGCGAAGAAGAUCGUCCGAUAUCGAGCUCAUCCAGACACGUUGCCGCAGAGAUCACUUCCAACACAACAUUCGAUUCGAAUCAAGAAUACUACCAGGGAAUUAAUACACAGGAACAUGAAUACGAACAUGAACGGUACGACGAAGCAAACAAUUACCUCUACGGCCGAGCCCAUUCAUAUGUCCGUCCUGGCCAGCGAACGCCCGACAUGUUCUUCACCCGUCCUUCUCCCCGUGCUUCAUCUUCUUCUUCUUUGUUCUCUUCUGCUUCCGCCCCUGUUUCCCCUGCUCUGCUGUCCCAUGUUUCCGAAGAAGGCGGCAGCAACACCGAGGAAGAAAAUCCCGAAAUACACGACAACCUGGGCCAUCAAAGCGCCGACAAACAUGGACGCAGUCAUCCUCAUAACCACUACAAGGGAGAAGAAACAGGAGAAAGAGAGAAUGGACUGUUAAGACAUGCGAGGACGGCUUCGUUCCAGGUGGAGACGGAUUUGUUGAUCAUCCCGUUGGAAGAAGUGGGGGAGUAUGCUGUUCCGCCAUCAUCGUCGUCAUCAUCACAUUCGUCCUCUGAGAGGAGAGGUACAGGUAUUGAUGGUGAGUUUGGGAGUAAGCAUGGUGAUGAUGAUGAUUGUCCAGAGGUACCAUCUGAUGAUGCACCCGAAACCAACAUGAAUGGAUACGGAGAAAGAAGAGGGGGAGGAUGGAGGAUCGUGGAUGGUGGGAAUGGGAGGGUGAAUGAAAGAGGAGGAGGAGGUGGAAGAGGAGGAGUGAACAUUGAGGUUAGGGAGCUGAAAGACGAGGGAACGGAGACGGAGACGGAGACGGACACGGAGACGGAGAAGGGUGAGUCCGUUAUUACUAGUACUGGACAGUGA